AUGAAUACUCCAACAAAAAAGGCCAGGAAAGGGAGAAAACCGAAAGUUGAAAGUGUCAACGAUUUCUGUAGGUUGUGCAGUUGUUCUUUUAAGAUUAUAUACGGUGAUUUCAAGAAGAUAUGGUACAUCUCAACUGAAAAUCUCUUCGCGCAUUCAAAGGACUUCGAGGGCGGAAAACAGACGCUGCAAGAAUUGGGUAUUAACUUAGGAUUUUAUUUUGAAAAGUCUUCCACUAAAUCUGAAAGAGUUUGCAAGUCAUGUGCGCGAAAGAUAAGGAACGCUCAUGAGCUGUACUACUUCAUUAAGAACAGUUUAAACGAGUCGAAACGUAAUCAAAACGAAGAACAAUAUACCUCGCAAGAUACUGUUAGCAGCAGCUACUCACCUGACACAGGCAGAUUUAAAAGACAAUUACCAUCAAGUGUUUCUUCGCCUGAUCGCAGUCCACAAGUUAAAAAGGUAUCAGAGUUAAUAACGAACGGGAAGGUCGAUGUUGUACACCAAGAAAAAGUUUAAUAUUUUCGAAGGAAACAAAAGCACAAUCUGUGCUAUCAGCUCUUGAGAAUGAAACAUCAGACGAAAUCCUCUCAAGAUUAAACGUAGAAGAGUUGUUAGACAAUAACACUACUGAAGUGAAAGUUGUGAUUAUUGAUCCAAGUAAGCAUAUUAAAACCUACAGCAAAUUUGGAGAAGAUACUAAACGCUUGCUUAUAAACAUCGUGCGGAAAAACUGGGUGACUGCGUCUAAUAUUAUUUUCCGACAUCCAGAACUUAAACCUGAACUUCUUGGCCCUAUUCGCAGAACUGUCAGAGACGAAUUUGCGGCAUAUUGUGGCAACAAAUCGGAAUCGAUAGUUCUUGGAAAAUCUCCAGAUGACAUUCUAGCCUUUUCAAACAAGGUAUUAGUUCGUGAAGUGCAAACACUGUGUCCUUUCUGGGAUGCAAGUCUUCAGGGUGCAUGCAACGCUAAUACAGUCAGUCGUAAAAGAAAUGUAAAGGCUAUUAAUUCUAUGGCUUUGAUUUCUGGUAUUGCAGCAAGAUGUAGAAAUCAAAAGAUGUCUGCACUUGCAUACAAAAUUUCUACGAUCUUGUUUCAUAGUGGAGUGAAACACCAAGACUUGAUUCGUUUGCAAAAGCUUGGCCUGUGCAUGUCACCGAAUUCUAUUAUCAAGUUCCAGAAAAAGAUGGGAGAAAAUAGCGAAGCCAAAAUUUAUCACUGGAAAAAAGAAAUAGAAAAGAAUGCUUUGGCGAAGUUGUUGCUUGAUGAGGUAAAAAAAAAAACAAAUUGGAAUACGUGAUGAGAAUGAUAUGAUGGUCGAUUCAGUAAUUGAUUUUUCAGAAGAAACUAUAAUGAGCUACGAUCACUACAAACCACAUUUGUUUCAGUUUUGUGCCUCUCUUCUGGACUCUGGUGCGAAAGACAAUUUAACUGAUGAUGAUUUAUAUGCUGCCUUAUUCAAGCUUACUAGUGAAAAACUUCCUCACUACAG